AAUAAAUUCCUUUCUUCCUCAAUCCCCCCUUUUCAUUUCAUUUCAUUUCAUGGCAAUGUUUUCUCGUCGCUGGAGGUCGCCGGAGACCGAUGUUCAUGUCCUCGCCGUCGAUGACAGCCUCGUUGACCGCAAAGUCAUUGAACGCCUUCUUAAAAUCACUUCCUGCAAAGUGACGGCGGUUGAAAGCGGUUGGAGAGCUUUGCAAUAUCUAGGCCUGGAUCAGGAGAAAACCUCACCUGAUUUCGUUAAUGGGUUGAAGGUAGAUCUCAUAAUCACUGAUUACUGUAUGCCUGGAAUGACCGGUUACGAAUUGCUCAAAAAAAUUAAGGGGUCUGCAACCUUCCGAGAGGUGCCAGUAGUGAUCAUGUCAUCAGAAAACGUUGUAGCACGGAUUGAUAGGUGUUUGGAAGAAGGUGCAGAGGAUUUCAUAGUAAAGCCUGUAAAGCUAUCUGAUGUCAAACGUUUGAAAGAUUACAUGUUUGGGGCUGCAACAACAACUACACUAGAUCCUCCUGAUAACAACAACAACAACAAAAGAAAACUACAAGAAAUGUCUUCCCCUUCCCCCUCCCCCUCCCCAUCCCCAUCACCGCCCUCGACUUCCCCCUCAACAUCCCCAUCGCCACCAACGAUGUCCCCUUCAACCUCCCCAUCGCCGCCAACGGUGUCCCCUUCACCCUCUCCAUCGCCAACGCCACCAACGGUGUCUCGCUCAACCUCCCCGUCCCCACAGUCUCCUCCUUUUUCGCCGUCGCAACUAGAUUCCCCAACCAUGAGACUUAAGGUCACCAACUCCGAUCAAGCCUAAUAUUUUUGGAUUUCAUCUUUUAUUAAUUAAUUACAUCAUCAUAGACAAAGCAAGUACUUGUACAUGUAAAAGUUGUUUUUUAACCUUUUUUUUUUAUCAAGUGAAUUUACAGAUAUUACAAUUUUGAUAUGUUCUCUACUUUCUUUAACAA